UUUGUUUUGCUUGCUUCUAAAACAGAGCCCGAAAGUUCCAGUGUCACUUCGGCUCUAUUAGGAAAUAUACGGUACACGCCGCGGUUUAAACAGCGAACGUAAUGACGUCACGGUGACGUGUCGACGCUUUGAACCAGUCGCUCACUGGAUGUUUAUUGUGUGAAGCAGAGCUGCAGUCAACAGCAGGAUGUUGAGGCUUCGCUGUAAGACCAAAAAUGGGAGCCACAUAAUGCAGGGCCUGACUCAUCAGUCCUGUGUGCAAGAGCUGAAGACAAAGGUGGAGGAGCUGACUGGUAUCCCAUGUGAUGUGCAGAAAAUUAUGGUAGGUUAUCCACCCUCCAGCCUUGAUCUGCGAAAUGGAGACGCUCACCUCAAGGACUACCCCAUCAAAUCAGGAGACACACUCAUUGUUGAGGAAGAAAAAAACAAGCCAAAGCCUCCUCAGGAUCAUCCCACUGUGACUAAAGCACCGCGCCUGGAAGCCUCGCCCACGCUGGCGCGCCGAGUGGUUCCAGCCGACAACUCCUGCCUCUUCACCAGUGUGUAUUAUGUGGUGGAAGGCGGCGUGUACGACCCCGCUUGUGCCCCGGAGAUGCGAGGCCUCAUCGCCCAGAUUGUGUCGAGCGACCCGGCAGCGUACUGUGAGGCCGUGCUGGGGAAGACCAACGAGGAGUACUGCACUUGGAUUAGACGUGACGACACCUGGGGGGGAGCCAUCGAGGUGUCUAUCCUCUCCAAGUUUUACCAGUGUGAGAUCUGCGUGGUGGACACUCAGACAGUCCGAGUAGAUCGAUUUGGGGAGGACGCUGGCUACCAUAAACGCGUGCUGCUAAUCUACGACGGCAUCCACUACGACCCGCUGCAGAGAGAAACGCCCGGCUCCGACACUCCGCCGCAGACUAUCUUCUCCACCACAGACGACGUAAUCCUGGCACAGGCCCUGGAGCUGGCGGACGAGGCUCGCCGCAAACGGCAGUUCACGGACGUUAACCGCUUUGCGUUGCGCUGCAUGGUGUGCCAGACAGGUCUGGUGGGACAAAAGGAAGCUCGCGAGCAUGCCAAGGAGACGGGCCACACCAAUUUUGGCGAAGUGUGAAUGCGGUUUUUGUCUUCUCGUCUUCUCACAAAAACAACCACCACCGACCCUGUGCCCCACGUCUGGCAACUCUGUUGGUCUAUCUGUCAAUCUGCUUGUGUGAUCCUCUACCUCACAUUGUCCAGCGACAUCUACGGAGAAUCUGCAGACACUGUGUUCAGCCUCUAACCUGUUCAGUAUUACUUUUUAAACUGCUGUCAGUUCUCAUCGUCAGAAACGCUCCUGCAGUGCUCCGAUGUCUUAAAACCAUCAUUUUAGUCUGUUAGGGAUGGUUUCAAACCGUUUAACUGGGUCAAGUAAAAUAUGCAAACUAUUUUUAGGAGUUGUUUAAUCUCUUUUGGGUACGAGAUUGCCGGCUUGCAGUGAUUAAAAAAGUAGUGGCUGAUGUGUUAUAUUGCACCAAUUUUGCUACUUGCUGAUACCAGGAACUUAACUUUUAUGUGAUAAAACCCGGCUUUCUGACUCGAGAAAGAGUUUAAAACAACCACUAAGAAUUAUUUGCACUAUUGUGUGAUCUUAUUCACUGUUGUCUUAAGCGCAGCACACAAAGUAUGACUGUUAUCUGUUCUGUCGAUUAUGUAGCAUGUUUUUCUUUUCAUUUUCCUCAUUGCAGAUGUACGUUAAGUCAGAAGCUCUUCCAAUACUAAACUGAUAAUUUGGUUAACUUUAGAUGUCCGAAUCAUACAGCACAGUUGGGUUUUGGUAAAGUCCCCCUCCAGACACAUUUUCAAGUACUCUGUUUAACAUGGUUUUCACAGAGUACGUAGAAAAGUGGCAGGAAGCAGGUCUACUUUUUCUGAGAAUUUCUGGAUUUGAACUGCACCCCACUCACAAACUCUGCUUGUGGUAGGUUUCUUUUUUGUUUUCUGCAGUGAGCAGUGAGCAUGACUAUGGCUAAUGUUAGCGUGAGAAGAGCCAUCGGAGAGAUUCAGCCAGACAUGUUUGAGCCUCAGUCUGACUCAGAUCAGAAACCGGCAACUAGCAUCAGAGUGGUAAGUUCAGUUAACUUCCUUUGUUGUUGUUAUUUAUGUUGUUUGUUAGC